UAGGGUUCGAGUCACUGGAUAAAGAAAAUAUAUUCUUUGGAUUGUUUUUUAUCAUCUGCAACUUGCGUCGUUCUUCUCGACGAAGGCUUUUGUUUCGCUUCGACGAUUCUGAUGACCCUGGAAUGCUUUAUAGAGUCCAGUCGAAGGUGAAAACUUUUAUGGGAUCAUAGAGAAAAAAGAUUUAUUUUCGAUCUGGGUGAUGGGAGACAGAAAAUCAAGGGAAAAGACAAAUAACUUAAGAAGUAACAAGGAGAAUUUAGAAGAGGAUAGAGUAUUAUCACCGAUCGAAGAAGAAUCGGAAUCCUCGACAGAACAGUUGGUGGAUUACACUACCAACGAUCCCGAAGAAGAUUCUUUUUAUCAGACGACACGUAUUCGAUACAACAAGGAUUGUCUGAGUUCUUUGCCGAAGAAUUACGAUCGUAAUCGUCCUUUCGACAACUCGUCCUUUCGUUCCAACGAACCGAACAAUGUCAAGAAUUCGUCCUCUGGGGAAAGUAGUUCUGGCGACGAACGAAAUACCGCUGAAACAAAUUGUUGCUAUCAAAUUUGCGAUAGAUCGAAAUUAGAAACGGAAGCAUCCGGUGAUAAUGAUGAACCAAGAUGUACAAGUCCACGAGAAGAGAACUUGUCGAAGACUUUGAAGUGGUUAGAAAGUAGAUUGUCGCAAUGCGAAACGGACAUAGUCGCUUUGAGAAAACAAUUCGGUCUGGAAAAGUUUCAAAAUCGACGGUACGCCUUGCAGUGUUACGAGAAACACGCUCAGACACAGAACAUACUGAAAAACGAUCUACACGUGUGGAAGAACAACUUAGACGCGAGAAUCAAGGCGCAAAUCGUCAGAUGGCAACUGGAUGAGAGGAAGAGGAUCAGUGAAGAAAUUGCCAAGGUUACUGGAAUGUUUUCCCAGGAAAUGACGAAGAAUUUACAAAAGAGUAUGAACGAGUGGCAAGAAAAAGAUUCUCAAAAGAUUACUGAAUUGAUAAAAAAUGAAAGAAUUCGUCAAGACGUUGAAAUGCAAAAUACUAGAAAAGUUUAUGAAAAGAUACAAAGACAUUUGCAGAAUUUGGAUAAACGUAAUCGAAAUUCUUAUGUGAAUUUUCGCAAACAAAUGAAUGUUUGGGAGGAACGUUUGAAGGAGGAAGUUAUUCGACUGCAUGAGAAUAAUUUGAAGGAAUUUCGACAACAGCCUAAAUUUUGGCAUAGCGAUCAAGACGGGAUGAAACACAAUUCAGUAAAGUCACCCGUUAGAACAGAAUUGUCGAUGGAAAUCCAAAGAAGAUCGCAGGAUCAAGAAUACAAUUUUAUUAAGGACAAUGAGUUUAUAAAUUAUCAAGAAAUGAAUGCAAAGGAUAUGCGUAGAUUGGAACAACUUUUUAAAUGUAAACUUAAAAAUCAACGAGACGAGUUUAUUAAACUUUUAACAGCAAAAUUUGCCAAACUCUGGGAAGCUUUCGAACAAUUUAAAUAUAAUUUUCAAUUGGAUCGAAGAUAUCGGGAAUACGAACCAGAAAUGUUGACAUCCUCGGUGAUGACAGAUCAAAUUGAAGAAGAUAAACUUAAAAUAUUCAUUUAUCUUACCACAAUAUAUCCUGUUACUAAGAAUUUAUCUAAUGAUUUCAAAAUUUUGGUUGAUAGUGUACAUAUUGGUAUUUAUACGCAUAGUAUUACGGAAUAG